AUGAAACCCACCGAUACCGCCUACCUGUUAGCGCUUAGCAUCUUUACCGCGAGCGCACUAGCUUGCGUUGAGCCAGUGCAACAAGAGCAACGAUACGCCUGCAAAGUGAAACCGAGUGAAGAGGAUACGAAGUCUGCUUGUCAGAAGGCUAAAGGAUCGUUCUGCCAUCCGGAUAAAACUCGCGAGGAGAAAUUUUUCUGCAUCAUUGAUGCAGAUGACAACAAGGUCACCGAUUUCGAGGAGGCUUGCAAAGUCGAUAUCCAGUCAAUACCUUGUUGCAUACCUAGGGAGCACAACUAUGUCUCGUUGGAAUCUUGCGAGUUAAUGAGCCAGCUAAUGCUCCUCCUAACUGGACAACAAAUUAUUAGAGUACGCCAGCCCAGUUACCUUAGCAAGGGUCACGGUUACAAUGGUGUACCGCCAGCACAGGCAGCUUAUAAAACAGUCAAGUUACAAACAAUUUAG